AUCACUGAGAGGAUUUUUCAAGUAGAAGAGACCCAAACUUCGUUACCUUCGCCGCCAUGGCCUCCGCACUCGAAUGCUGGACCACCCGUAAUGCCGAUGGUGGUUGCGCCGACGACGAUUUCGUUGACCAAGUCCUCAUGUGCUCUGACGACAGGUCUGAGUCCCUCACUGCUGCUCCACCUUCCGAUCAAACCUCUUCCGCUAUGCAAAAGCGGUUUCAGCGUCUCGGCCGCAACGUCUCCGACGCGAUCGCGUCUCUCAAGAACUCUCUCAACCUCGAUUCGGGUCGAGACAACCAAAAUGCAGCCACCGGAGGAGGUAGGAAGCUCGUAUGGGCCACUGUUGUGAGAAACCUUGCUAAAAUGUAUCCUGGAAGCCAGUUGCCUGAUAAUCUCGUCUCUAACCUCCGGAAGCAUUACGAUUCUUUGCCUCUCAGUUAUAGUCAGACUGGUUUCGAUAUGAAAGAUGUAUUUGUACACAUAAAGCUGAUAGAGCAAGCUUCUGGAGAUGAUAAUCCUGUGUUUGUGAUUCAAGAGGUGUGUGAUGAGGAAGCUGAUGAGCAGGGUUCUGUGUUCAAGCUCACAUUUGCUUCUACUUCUUCGCUUCCGUGGUCAACCAUUUCAGGGUCUCUUGAUUGUGCUUCGAUUUGUUGUAAGAAAGUACAAAUCUUUGAGAAGAAAGGGUUGACUCUCGGAGUUGCUCUUCUUUUGGUUGAGUCUGGACAAGAGAAGUUGUUCAAAAUUAAGGUAGAGAAUGCCCUUAGAUCUGCGGUGAGGAAGCCUAAGUCAACCUCUGUGAAGCUCCCUUUUGGUCUUUGCGGUUGUCAAGAACAGAAUGCGGGUGUAGGAGAAUUCGGGGAUGUUGAUGUGGAGUCCAUUGAUCAAUGCUAUAGACACGAAUUGGAUGAUCUAAAUACUAGGAUCCAACUGCAAAUGCCACCUCCAAGCUCUUCGUUUUCUGUAUCUGUGGAUGAAUGGCAGACCAUCCAAUCAGGUGGUGAUGAUAUAGGAAAAUGGCUACUGAAUUCAGAUGAUCUCGAGUUUGGUGGUCAGUUAGGACCAAAUUCUUUUAAAGGAGUUUACAGAGGAAUAAAGGUGGCCAUUGAGAAACUAAAAGGCUGUGAAAAGGGAAAUUCCUAUGAGUUUGAGAUCCGAAAAGAUUUCUUGGAGCUGAUGACCUGUGGACACAAGAGCAUUCUGCAGUUUUAUGGUGUCUGCAUCGACGAAAAUCAUGGAUUAUGCGUGGUAACAAAGUUGAUGCAAGGUGGCUCACUCCGUGAACUGGUGUUGAAGAAAAAGAAGCUUCAGACCAAGGUGAUAUUUCAAAUUGCUGUUGACAUAGCAGAAGCUAUGAAGUUCAUUAACGAUCAUGGUGUCGCAUAUAGAGACCUUAAUACACAGAGAAUACUAUUAGAUAAGCAGUGCAACGCCUGUUUGGGUGAUUUGGGAGUAGUCACUGCAUGCAAGAGUGUCAGCGAGGCCAUGGAGUAUGAAACAGAUGGCUAUCGAUGGCUUGCACCCGAGAUAAUCGCGGGCGACCCGGAGAAGACAAGAGAGAGUUGGAUGAGCAAUGCGUAUAGCUUUGGGAUGGUGCUUUGGGAGAUGGUGACAGGGGAGGAGGCGUAUGGGUCUUGCUCGCCAGUGCAGGCAGCGGUUGGGAUUGCAGCGUGUGGGCUAAGACCAGAGAUCCCAAAGGAGUGUCCUCAAGUCCUCAGAUAUCUUAUGACCAAAUGCUGGAACACUUGCCCUUCCACACGCCUUAACUUCUCUCAAAUCCACUGCAUCUUGCUCCGUGCCAUCUCACGGUAACACACUCUCUUCUCCAUAGGAAUUGGAAGAGUGCCUCCUUUUUUGAAGAAAUCUUUUAGCAAACCAAUAGUUUUUGUAGGUAAGAGAAUAGCUCCACAUCAAUAUAGCAAUGGUGAUGAUUAAGUUCAGAAGAAGAAAGUGGUUGGUGUAUAUUUGGUUAGAUCAGAUGGUAGCAACCUUGUGGACCGGAAAGUAGAGUAACAGAUUCAUUAUAAAGUCUAAGCCUCUUUGCCAAUGCCCACUUUCAUUUUUACACUUUGUUUACAUUGUAAAUGGACCAAUAUGAGUGAUCUUUUUUUCUUAUAAUUAAAGAAAAAACAGGUACGAAUGUUAGAUUUCAAAUUAGAAAUGUUCAAGAUGGCAUAAAGUAA